GCCGGCUGGCCUCCAUCACUUCUCUCCUCUGCUGUCCUUCUACCUCCUCUGCUCAUUUGGCAUCUGCCCUGCUCUCCAAACACCAGCUCAACCAAUUCUGCCGCCCCAUCACCCAGCCAUUCCCAAUCCCUGCCCUCCCUCUCUCUCGCUCCACGUCUUUAAAACGGCCACCUCCAGGGGCCACCAUAGUUGGCCACCCACCUCUCUCCCCUCCUCCUCCUCCUCCUCCUCCAGUCUCUCCCUCUCUAGCUCGUUCCAUUCCUCGCUCGCAAUGGCCAAGCCGCGCAAGAACAGCGCCGCCGCCGCCGCCGCGGCCGGCAACAGCAGCAGCAGCGGCGCCGCGGCGGCCGGGGACGCCGGGGUGCGCGUGAAGCCGAAGCGCACGCGGAAGAGCGUGCCCCGGGAGUCUCCCUCGCAGCGCAGCUCCAUCUACCGCGGCGUCACCCGGCACAGGUGGACGGGGCGGUUCGAGGCGCACCUGUGGGACAAGAACAGCUGGAACGAGACCCAGAACAAGAAGGGCAAGCAAGUUUACCUCGGCGCGUACGACGACGAGGAGGCAGCGGCGCGGGCGUAUGACUUGGCGGCAUUGAAGUACUGGGGCCCCGACACCAUCCUCAACUUCCCGGCGUCCGCGUACGAAGAGGAGCUCAAGGAAAUGGAGGGGCAGUCCAGGGAGGAGUACAUUGGAUCCCUGAGGAGGUCCAUGAAAUUUAUCCGCAGGAAAAGCAGCGGGUUCUCGAGAGGUGUCUCCAAAUACCGAGGCGUCGCGAGACACCACCACAACGGGAGAUGGGAGGCGAGGAUCGGUCGUGUUUUCGGGAACAAGUAUCUCUACCUCGGCACUUAUGCGACGCAGGAGGAGGCGGCGAUGGCGUACGACAUGGCGGCGAUCGAGUACCGGGGCCUGAACGCCGUCACCAACUUCGACCUCAGCCGCUACAUCAAGUGGCUCCGCCCGGGCGCCGACGGCGGGGUGGCCGCCGCCGCCGCCGCGCAGAACCCGCACCCGAUGCUGGGCGCCCUGGCGCAGCAGCAGCUGCCGCCGGCGGACGCCGUCGUCGACGCGUUCCAGCAGGACCGCCGCCGCGCGGAGUUCCCGCUGCCGCCGAGGACGUCGCUGGGCCACACGCCUACGACGUCGGCGCUCAGCCUGCUGCUGCAGUCGCCCAAGUUCAAGGAGAUGAUCGAGCGCACCUCGGCGGCCGAGAGCGGCACCACCACGUCCUCGUCCUCAUCGCCGCCGACGCCACCGUCGCCGUCGCCGCCGCCUCCGCCGUCGGCGCAGGCGCAGCAUCAUGCGGCCAGGGAAGGCGGGGCCGCCUCGCCGCAGUGCGGCUUCCCCGAGGACAUCCAGACCUUCUUCGGCUGCGAGGACGUCGCGGGCGUCGACGUCGACGCGCUCUUCUUCGGCGACCUCGCCGCGUACGCGUCCCCGGCGUUCCACUUCGAGCUGGACUUGUAGCUCAUCGCGCUCGGUUGCGCCAUAGGCCUUAAUUACCUUUAAUGCAUAAUAUGGUUUUUUUUGUCGAUAUAGGAGAAUCGGAUCACCAUUGCGAACCAAGAGAAAAAAUGGUGAGCGAAGCAAACAAGAGGAGGAAGUAGCACAGCCAGGCAGCACACCUAGCCUGUCGAGAAAUUUACAGUGGUAGUGAGAUUUACUGAACAAUUAAGAUUGUAUUAUUUUUUUUUCACCUUGGUAACCGAGGUAGAGUGAGUGAGUGGGUGCGUGUGAGAGAACAAGAGAUUGUUUCAUUUGUUUCAUUCCUGAUGAUGAAUCCUAACAGAAAGGAAAACAGCAACCAUAUACAUACAUAUAUUCAUAAAUCAUAAGCAUACCUGAUGAUUUGUUUA